GCCUCCUCUAUUCGUUCACAAGUCAGUGUGAUCUAAAGUCUCAUCCCAACAAGUCGAGAUGUUCUUCAGCUGCUUCCUACUGCUCUUGGCAACUAAUGUCCUGUCUGCAGGACGAGUACCCCAACCGGAAGAACGCAUUAUCGGUGGAGAUUACAUUAAAAUCGAACAGGCUCCCUGGCAGGUUUCCUUACAAUUCUAUGGACAACAUGCUUGUGGUGGCUCCAUUUACAGCAAAGAUAUUAUAAUUACCGCUGCACAUUGCCGUUUUACCAGCGAAGGAGUACGACUUGAAGCCGAAGACUUUAAGGUUCGCGUAGGAUCCGCAUUAAGCAACUCCGAUGGAACACUUGUCGAAGUUGCAGCCAUAAGAUCCCAUGAGUGGUACGAGAAUAUAACCCAUACGAACGACAUUGCCGUGAUGCGAUUAAGUGAACCUCUAGAGUUUAGCAACAAAGUGCAGCCGAUUUCCUGGGCCGGGGAAAACCCUGCUCCUGGAACGCCAGCCUUCACUUCUGGCUGGGGAGCAAUUUCAGCAGAGCUUUAUUUUGAGAAUGGUAUUCCUGAAGUGUGGUAUGAAUAUUCUAUACAUCUUAAAGGCCUACGACGCCAGAUAAAUUUGUCUUACCGACCGGAUUUAAUUACCGCCGGUUCUUUUGAACAAACUAGUUGUGUGGGCGACUCUGGUGGACCGCUGAUUGUUAACGAAAAACUUGUCGGUGUCGUCUCUUCAGGUCAGAAGCUAUGCCAUGUUCAGGCCACUUUUACCAGUGUUCCUUACUUCCGAGAAUGGCUUAUAAAUGCAAUUAAAUCUAUUUGAUUCAAUGUACAAGUAUACAAAAUAAAUAUCAAUUAAAGACAGCAAAAGCUAUGGAAAG